CGUGCAUGCGGAUGAUAAAAAAAUUCUUGGUUUCAGGCCAUCCCAAUCCUUUGGAGACUGCAACGAAACCUGCACUAACGUAUACCUAUCCUACAUAUACACACAACACAAGACGUAGCCACGGAGAUAUUAGAUAACCAAAAAGAGGAGCUGGUAAAUUAAAGAUAUGGGUUUGAAAGGAUGCUCCAUUGAUGGUAGACUUCUCCUCGUUGCGGUGAUUCUGUUGGCGUUAGCUUCACAACAAGUGGCCGUGGCAGUGGCGGCAUCAAAGCAAUUGGGGAUUGGAACAACGCCGCGUACCAAGUCCAUGCAUAAUCAAACUUACGCAGGACAUGAUGAAGAGCAACUGAAGACGGUGAAGGUUGUAGGCCGCACUUUGCUCACACUAGGGAAAAGAGACGAUCCCCACAACGGAGGAUACUUUGCCGAGACGCCUACUGAUGCAUGAACUCCCGUUCUUGGCUUGCUUUGUGUGUUUGUUGUAAAACUGCACUAGCUAGGAAAUGCUGAUGCAGGAGCCAGCCCAUGCUGGUGUAUUUUACUAGCUAUGGUGUUGUAUCUCUGUUCGAUGUGAACAAGACUAGUUCUUCAGAGCUCACGACCGAUUUCUUAUUAGAUUUACAUUUUGACGGCUUACUACCACACAAGCUGAUAGCUAAGCUUAUAUAGAGAAAGAUUUAGGGUAAAAACCCUAAUGCCACGACUCGGACAAGGCCAACAAGGUCCAAGACUAACUCGAUUUAAGUAACGACAACAUGUCACACUCGCAGUCCGACCAAAUAUCUCCUAUCUCUCCGGCGAGAACGCGAUGAAAUCCUCUGCCCCCAGCGGCUCGACUUUCAUCUCCGGGAAGAAAAUGGUCGUGUCAGAUAUUACUGUUGUAGGCGUGGAUCUUGAGAGGGGUAUGCGGUUCACUUUCUUAAUCAAGAGAAGAAGAGUUU